AUCCAUUUAUCUUCACUCCUGGGAGUCUUUAGGAGACAUAACCUAGUACCUGUGGUUACCCAACCUACUGUUGUGUGGACAGUUUUCCCAUCGUCUCUGUUAAGGAUUUCCACUCCAGAAUCUGCAGCUAAAUGAGAUCAUGAUUUUGGAAGGAGCUGGCAGAAUGAGUAUCAAUUCCAGCAGCAAUCUACUCCACCAGCAGCCUUCCUGGACAGAUGGGUAUUCCACGUGCAAUGUGUCCAGCAGCUUCUACGGAACCCAGUGGCAUGAAAUACACCCACAGUACUGGACUAAAUUUCAAGUCUGGGAGUGGCUGCAGCAUCUCCUUGAUACCAACCAACUGGAUGCCAACUGCAUACCCUUUCAGGAGUUUGAUAUCAAUGGGGAACAUCUGUGCCGUAUGAGCCUGCAGGAAUUCACUCAGGCAGCUGGGACAGCAGGGCAACUGCUUUAUAGCAACCUUCAGCACCUAAAAUGGAAUGGCCAGUGUGGAAGUGACAUGUACCAAUCUCAUAAUGCCAUUGUGAAGACAGAACAAACAGAUCCAUCAUUAAUGGUGUCCUGGAAAGAAGAAAAUUACCUGUAUGACAGUGGCUAUGGUAGCACAGUAGAGCUAUUGGACAGUAAAACAUUCUGUCGUGCUCAGAUUUCCAUGACGACACCUAGUCACCAGACUCCUGAUUCUUCAGAUGUGAAAAAAAUGCAAGAUCAUACCCCAAAGUCCCACACCAAGAAGCACAACCCUCGAGGAACUCAUCUUUGGGAAUUUAUUCGAGAUAUUCUUCUCAAUCCUGAGAAAAACCCGGGUUUAAUCAAAUGGGAAGACCGGUCAGAAGGUGUCUUCAGAUUUUUAAAAUCCGAAGCUGUGGCUCAGCUCUGGGGAAAGAAGAAAAACAACAGCAGCAUGACUUAUGAGAAACUCAGCCGGGCUAUGAGAUACUAUUAUAAAAGAGAAAUCCUGGAGCGUGUGGAUGGUCGGAGAUUAGUAUAUAAAUUUGGAAAGAAUGCCCGUGGCUGGAGAGAAAAUGAGAAUUAAAUAUGUCAAGAAAUAACAUUUAGAACACCUGGAUGUAAAUAUUCAAAGACUGUUUUCUUAUAUUUAUGUACCAAACUGGGGUGAAAAAACAAUUCUACUUCUGUUGGGAAGGAGGAACAUUAUCAUUAUUGGUUUUAAAAUUAUUUUAUGUGAAGUAUGUCCUGUAUGGGGAAAAAAUGUACACAGUUUUCUGUGGUAUAAGAUAACAUUAUAGAAUUAUGAUUAUUUUUUCCCUUCUUGUGAAGUUUUUCUCUUUUCUUUUUUUAAAUCAUACAGGCACAAUGUGAUUUAUGACAAUGCUGUGAGUCAUGCAAAGAAAGGGAAGGAGCAAAAUACUAGGGCAUUUGGGAGUAUAGUAAUCCACUUUGGAAGGCAACCAUAAGUGGAGGAAACAGUAAAGCAUCUCUGAGCCAAGUAGUCUUUUCCCAUAGUCAGCUAGUUUAUAAGCUUUCAUUGACCAAUACAACUUGUUCCUUCCCUCCUCUGAUUUCUGAGUGUUUAAACUCUUUGCUGACUUUCAGUUGCUUUUGUUGAGUCAGACAGUGGGUUCCUCUUUAGUUAGCUUAUCCUCUGCAAGGUGGCUGUCACGAUUGAUUUGGAGAACCCAUGCUACCUCCACCACUGGGACCUUCUUUUGUAGACAGAAGUUUAGGACCUGACCUUGCCUGAUACUGAGUAUCUUCCCUAAUCUCCAAAGGGCAUUCAGCUCAUCCCAGGAAAAGGGAUUUUUUUUUUAACUAGCAUCUUUGAGGUGAGCUGCAGGAAGAGUCAAUCUCAGGGACCAAAAGGCAUUGAGGGAAAGUUAUUCUCUGACUGGGCAAACUUACUAAAAGGCACCAAUUUCCAAGUAGAAAUACUAAUACUUCCCCAACCUUUUAUGUUCCUAAUUAAAGUAUUCAAAACUAUGUCAUAUGAAGCAGUGAGGAGGUGGGCAAGCAGAACGUAUAUUAAUCCAGUGGCAUGAGCGAACAGUUUCCCCGUUCCUUUGAGUUGUAUGGUCCUCUUGGCAGAUCAAGUCUCACUUGGACAGAUACUUUCAAAAAACCCUUCAGAAAUGCAAAGCUCCAGUGCUUGUAAAAUAUUCAUUCCCUUUGCUUCUCUCAAGCCUAACUACAUUGUAUUUGUAUUUGUCAGCUGUGCUUGGGAUUCUUAGUUGGAGAAAAACCCACCAACAUAAAGACAGUGAGGUUUUGGGAACAUUCACAUCGGAGUCAGUAUUUUGAGCUCAUCUUUAGCAGCACUAUGUGGAGACUGAAGAUUCAUUGGUAACUUUUUCAUUUUCCAAGUCACAAAUGCUUCCUGCCUGGCACCAAGCACAUGCAGAACAUGAGGAAAUAAAAGCUAGAGGAGGCAGCACUUCACCAGGUCACUAAGUACAUGAGAUGCAGGAGUUGAAAAACAGGAUUUUCUUAGUGAUGUUAACAGAGGUGAAACCAAGAUCAAUUCCAACUCCCUUUUUCAGGGAUGGGGACUUUGGAAAACAAUAACAGCAGCUGAGAAGUCCAGGAAAAAAAAAUAAGAAUAUUAAAUCCAUCCAAUAUCAAUUUCUUCAGGCUUCCCCUGGAUUUGAAUUAGCUCGAAAUGCAGCAAGAUGCAGCUGGAGGUUGUAGGAUAUUCCAUUUUUUGUUUGCCUUAAAAGGAAAUAGAGAAGAAACCAAGAAAUGGAACCAGUGUCAAUAUAAAGGGUAUAAAUUUGCUUAGCAACAAUGUGUAGGCAAACAUGAGAGCCUAACUUGUUAUCUACACAUGUAGGGCAUGUCAAAUAAUAACAUCACCUCCUGCACUGCCUAUGCCAGAGCUGUCACUAUCAAUUACCCAUAUAUGACAAUUUUUACUUUUCAUAACCUGGGUGGAGAGAGAUUCGUCUUACUUACAAAUCAAAUUACAGGCCUCUGUACUUCAAAGCACUUUUUUUCUCUCUUGUUUUUUUUUUUUACUGCUUUUGUGCAACUCAGUAAUUUCUUUUUUUAAGCUUAACUAGCUACAUUCCAUUUAUUUUACCAUCAUUUUGUAGUUCAUAUAGUAAGAACCAGGCCACCAGAUGUGGAGAGCACCUUCACUUUACUCCAAAGACUGUUCCUUCCCGUCACCCCGCAGUUAUUUGCAUUUUGUUAUUUUGCUCUUCGUACUCCCCCUCGCACCCCCCCAAAUCCUCACAGUGGGUGAAAAUCUGAAACCAGUGGUACGGUCACAGAUCUGCAAAACUGUUAUUCCUUAUCUCAGGUUAACAUACAUCUUAGAGAAACUGAUUGUAAUACCUUCAUAAAGCUGCUUUCUACCAGCUCUCUCACCAAACUUCUUGGGAGAUAAAAUGAACUUGUGAUCUGCACGUGACACCACUUGAUUACUGAGCAGCAGCUAAACCUGCUUUUAAAUGUUUUGAAAAAAAAAAAAAAAGGUUUAUUUAGAAGCAUACUGUAUAAAUCUAAAGAGUGAUUUAUUCUGGGGUGCAGUUUAAAUGCCAGUCUUUCACUGUCACAUCUUUUAGCAUGUGGAAAUCGUACAAGUUUCUAUUCCCACUCGGCAGAACUUUUCAGACUAGGUACUUGUCAUUCAGCAUUUUAAUAGCACAAAGUUGGAAUAGAAGCCAGCCAACAUUUACUCUGCUUUACAAAUAUAUUAAAUUUAGCCUUAGACAAACAAAAGGACUGUUUAAAACUACAGUUCUUGCCAAGGACAGAUGCAACCAACCACAGGGAGUCUUUUUACCAGACCUAAGCAAAUGGAGAAAAUGAAGAGAUGAAUGUUUAUGUAAAUUACUAUUUAAACAAAAAGCAUUUCUGAUUGCUCUUUUAUAUUAUAUUUCAGAGGCUGAGCAAUCAUAUUUUUAGAUGUAUUCUUUAAGUUAGUAGCUGCUGAACUGGUAGCACCAUGUGUAUAGAUUUUUAUUGUACAAUAAUUUUUCAUAUGUAUAAAGCUCUAGAUAGGAAAGUAUAUUAUAUUUAUAUAACUACAUGCAAAUCACAAUGUCAAAGGUUUGACAUGAGCAGUCUCCAACUAUAUUUUCUGCACAAAAUUAAAGCAACUUGCUCUAAAAACAUCCUGAUAAACUGUAUGUAGACUGAUGAACUACACAGACAUUAAAAGGUUUAGUUACAUUUUCAUCUUUCUUUCUGCAGCACAUUGCAUAAUUCCUGCUUGCUUCUCACAGCAUCAUCUUCAAUGUAUAUGUAUGGAAACAAAUCCACGUUAAAUAUUUGACUAUCACCAUUGUAAAUCUCAACUUGGUGAAUAUAUGUCACAAAAUGAUUCUAAAAACUGUUUCUAUUUUUGUGGAUAUGGUAUAAAUUUAAAUAAACUAUUCAUGAAAGAAA